ACUGUAGAGGUGAUUGGACAGUCAUCAUGUGAGAAAAUAUUAUAAAAUGCGCAGAAAUCCUUGAAAUCUGUUUGAAGUGCGCUAAACCGUUCCGCUUGUAACAUAUUAACAUUUCAGCCAUGAGUGGAUGUCCGUAUUUUCAACAGAAAUUCGUUUCAACAAGUAAACAGCAAACAGAAGAUGAAGAUAAUGAUUCUCAGACUGGAGUUAACAAAGCCAGCAAAGGAGGUAUUAUCUAUGGUGACUAUCUGAAGCUGGAUAAAAUCCUGACAUCUCAGGUGCUUCAAAGUGAGCUGAAGGGAAACAAGAUCCACGAUGAACAUCUGUUUAUUGUCACACAUCAAGCCUAUGAACUGUGGUUUAAACAGGUGCUUUGGGAGCUGGACUCAGUGAGAGAAAUCUUCAUAAGUGGACAUGUUCGUGAUGAGAGGAACAUGCUGAAAGUUAACACUCGCGUCCACAGGAUUGUGAUGAUAUUCAGACUAUUGCUUGAUCAGUUUGCUGUUUUGGAAACCAUGACCGCAUUAGACUUUUUUGACUUUAGGGAAUAUCUCUCGCCAGCUUCAGGUUUCCAAAGUCUACAAUUUCGACUGCUGGAAAACAAGAUUGGGGUGCCACACAACCAAAGGGUUCCCUAUGACAGAAGGCAUUACAGGGAUAAUUUCCGUGACCAGGAAAGCGAACAGCUCCUUCGCUCGGAGCAGGAAUCCACUCUGCUUCAGUUAGUUGAGCAAUGGCUGGAGAGAACCCCUGGCUUAGAGGAGGAUGGUUUUAAUUUUUGGGGGAAAUUGCAAACCAAUAUCUUCAAGGGGCUCGAAGCCGAGAAAGAGAAAAUCGAGCAAAAACCAGACUCCGAGAUGAAAGAAGAGAUGAUGGCAGAGUUCAUUAAGCAUAAAGACACUUUCUUAUCUCUCUUCGAUGAGAAGAGACAUGAACAUUUACUAAGCACAGGUCAGAGGAGGCUGUCCUAUAAGGCAUUACAGGGAGCCUUGAUGAUCUAUUUUUACAGGGAGGAGCCUCGAUUUCAGGUGCCUUUCCAGCUCCUGACGUCUCUGAUGGACAUUGACACCCUCAUGACAAAAUGGAGAUACAACCAUGUGUGUAUGGUGCACAGAAUGAUUGGCAGUAAAGCUGGAACAGGCGGCUCAUCCGGAUACCAAUACCUGCGUUCCACUGUCAGUGAUCGCUAUAAGGUAUUUGUGGAUCUGUUUAACCUGGCCACCUUCCUGGUUCCAAGACACUGGAUACCCAAGCUGAACCCGAAUGAGCACAGCUUUCUGUACACUGCUGAAUGCUGUGACAGCUCCUACUGCAGCAGCGAUGACUCAGAUUAAAGCCAUGGCACAGUGGGCAGUGUGUUACCAGUGGGAUUCACAGGUUUAAAGGGACACUCCAGUUUUUUGAAAAUAGGCUCAUUUUCCAGCUCCCCUAGAGGUAAACAUUUUAUUUUUACUGUUUUGGAAUCUAUUCAGCUGAUCUCUGGGUCUGGCGCUAGAACUUUUAGCAUAGCUUAGCAUAAUACAUUGAAUUUGAUUAGACCAUUAGCAUCGCUCUUAAAAAUAAGAGUAAUAAGAGAAGAGUUUCGAUAUUUUUCUUAUUUAAAACUUGACUCUUCUGUAUUUACAUCGUGUACUAAGACCGAUGGAAAAAUAAAAGUUGUGAUUUUCUAGGCAGAUAUGGCUAGGAACUAUACUCUCAUUCUGACAUUAUAAUCAAGGACUUUGCUGCCGUACCAUGACUGCAGCAGGCACAAUGAUAUUACGCACUGCCCGAAAAUAGUUCCCUGCUAUUGAAAGUUACCAAGAGGACUAUUUUCGGGUGCUGCGUAUUAUCAUUGCACCUGCUGCAUCUAUGGUACAGCAGCAAAGAAACGUCAUGCUAAAUGGUCUAAUCAGAUUCAAUGGAUUAUUGUAAGCUAUGCUAAAAGUGGUAACGCCAGCCCUGGAAAUCGUCUGAAUGGAUUUCAAAAUGGUAAAAAUCAAAUGUUUAACUCUAGGGGACCUGGAAAAUAAGCCUAUUUUCAAAAAAAGUGGAGUGUUCCUUUAAGUCUGGUUUGUGUCAUAUCCAAGGUGAAGAAAAUUGUUAUAUCAUUCUUACCAGGGGUAAUAUUUCUGUCAUCGUUUUGUGUUUUAAAGAAGUAUAUAACGUCAAUAUAACGGUAAAAUGAGAGGGCUGAAUUUACAAGAGAUGUCACCAAAAUCCCUUCAUCAUUGAGACUGUUGAUGCACUCGUGUAUAUACUGUCAAUAUAAUGUCAUAUAACAAAUACAUGUAAGAAGAUUAAGCGAUUUUUAUGUUGUAAAUAAAGAUUACACACAUGAUAUUA